AUGUUAUCACUCUGCUUACUGAGUUUGCUGUAUCUGUCGACGUUGGGUGUGACUCAUCCUGGCAGCCAUGAUGAAGGUGCCUACUUCCGAUCUCUUGCUUCCAGCCGUUCUGUGCAAGACGCAAGGCAAAAGUUGGCCCGAUGUUCCGACCACAUCAAACGCAGCGGCGUUGAUGCUCGCGCCGCUGCUCGUCGGACUGCGAUUUUGAAUUCCUAUCGUGGUAUUCCUAAUGCGGGCACUGUCUCCACAUCACCACGGUCUUUCCUUCCGCAGGCAGCACAAUCAUCGUCUGAGAAUCCAUCUUGUCUCCUCACCCCCGAAUCCACGAUUGGCCCUUACUGGGUCGAUGGAGAAUUGAUCCGAUCUAACGUUACUGAUGGAGAGCCUGGGAUUCUACUGACCCUGGACGGAGAAUUUAUUGAUGUGGACACAUGCGAGCCAGUUGAAGAUAUCCUUUGGGAAAUCUGGAACUGCAACGCCACUGGAAGCUACUCGGGCGUUCAAGACUUUGGCCACCACCACGAUGACGAUAACUCUAAUCUCGACAAGACAUAUCUGAGAGGGAUACAGCGAACUGACAAAGACGGAGCUGCUCAAUUCACUACCCUAUUUCCAGGUCACUAUCCUGGCCGUGCUACCCAUAUUCAUGUUUUAGCACACGUCGGGGCCACGUUUUUGCCCAACAACACCGUGACUGGAGGCCAUGUCGCUCAUAUCGGGCAGCUGUUCUUUGACCAGGACUUGAUCGCGGCGGUUGAAUCCACUGCUCACUAUAAUACGAACAAUGUUCGCAUCACGUCGAAUACACAAGACGGCAUCUUCAACGAUGUGAACAGUGCUACUGGCUACGACCCUAUCUUGAGUUAUACUCGCCUCGGCCACUCACUAGAGGAUGGCAUUCUGGCAUGGACUACCAUGGGGAUUGACUUAUCUGCUAGCUACAAAGCAGAGUCCGCUGCGACUCUCACAGACCACGGUGGUGUAGCUCAUUUCCAUGGCUGGUUUAUUCAUCAACUUGGCGCAAGAGAGAUCCUUGUGUGGGUGGUUGGCCUAGGGCUUGUCUUUUGGCUGACUCGUUCCUUCCGCCAAUUUUGUCUGAGACGAGCCUAG